GUCUGUGCUCUGUUCGGUCACAGUGAACUUUGGCAAAGCGCUGUGUGGAUGCUGGCAGGAGCUGCUCCUAUCGCGCGCUGCUGGUACUCGCUGUGGAUGCAAAGCAACAGCAAGGUGACUGUUUUGAGAUGACGAGAACACACGUUGAACAUACGUGUAGAAAUGAAACGCAAACUUAUUUCGAUGUGUGACAUGCUGUAGAUUUACAGUAUCAAAAUAGAAAUGAUCGCCAACACGAACAUCUGUCAUUCUGUAAUGAAAUAUGGAAGCGAGGAGGAACUCUAUGUACCCACUUAGUUAAGGAUAAACUCUCGAGUCUUGGGAUCGGAUAUUAGUAUACAAACACUGGAAUAAUUGCAGUUUAUCCAUGAUCAGUGCUUUUGUUGAAAACACGGAUCGGAUAUAUGUGGAAGAUUAUACCUGACCAAGGGUUAUGGCAGAACUUUCUGAGAGGAGAUAAUCAUUAGUUGUGUGGAUGGAGAGAGGCAGUGGGGCUAUGGUGAGCUCAUCCCCAGCAGUCGCUGCUCACGCAGAAGGAGAAGAGAUUGAGGUGCUGGAGAGCACUGAUGUCCUUCCUGUUUCUCCAGAGGACCAAUGGAAGUCCCUUUUUGACAAGUAUGAUCCAGAGAAUACAGGCUUCAUCAGCACUGAGCGGUUUCGAGACCUGCUUGCAGCUCAUGGAUCAAAACUGGACCCUCACAAGCUGGAGGUUCUUCUCGCCCUGGCUGAUGGAAAUGCAGAUGGCAAGAUCUGCUACCAGGAUUUUGUUAACCUGAUGAGCAACAAACGUUCAAACAGUUUCCGUCGAGCAAUCCUGCAGGGGAGUCGGCAGCUCAGGAAUUCCGCGCUGAGAGAGGAAGUGGGUUUGGGUCUGUCUCGGAAACUUGUGCGCCACGUCGCCUACGAGACUUUGCCCAGAGAGGUGGACCGGAAGUGGUACUUUGACAGUUACACCUACUGUCCACCACCAUGGCUUAUGCUGGCCAUCACUAUAGCAGAGGUUAUUGUCUUCAUGUAUUACGGACUGCAGCUAAACCGCUGGGUUCUGCAGGUGUCAUCCCCAUACUUCCUGAAGGGCCCACUGCUGUACCACCCGCAGUUCAGAGCUCAGGCCUGGCGCUACCUUAGCUACAUUUUCAUGCACGCUGGAAUUGAACACCUGGGUCUAAACAUGGCCAUGCAGCUGUUGGUGGGUGUGCCAUUAGAGAUGGUGCACGGCGCUGUGAAAAUCGGCCUGGUGUAUGUUUGUGGUGUGCUGGCAGGUUCUUUGGCUGUGUCAGUGACAGACAUGACUGCACCUGUGGUCGGUUCAUCAGGGGGAGUCUAUGCUCUGGUCUCUGCCCACCUCGCCAAUGUUGUCAUGAACUGGUCAGGGAUGAAGUGUCAGUUCAAGCUCUUUCGCAUGGCAAUGGCUCUGGUGUGCAUGAGUGUGGAGUUUGGUCGUGCUGUCUGGCUCCGAUUCUCUCCCCCAGCCUUCCCACCAUGCCCUAAUCCCAGUUUUGUGGCCCAUCUAGGGGGAGUGGCAGUGGGCCUCACCCUUGGCGUUGUGGUUCUACAGAACUAUGAACAGCGUUUGCAGGAACAGUCCUUGUUCUGGAUCUUCUUCAGUGUCUACACUCUUUUUAUCCUCUGUGGAAUCUUCUGGAACAUUUUUGCUUACAAUCUAUUGGAUGUCAAGUUACCACCACCUCCGUGAAUCACAGAGUGUGAAUUUAUUUGUGGGAAGCUGUAUGUGAAAUGACAGACAACCUAAUUUAAUGGUUGAGAACGUCUUAAAUGAGAAACAAAUGCUAAGUACCUUACUGCAGUCUCCUGCAAUGUUUGUGUUAGUGCCUAAAUCAUGCCAGCGUCUAGUGUUAUCAAAGCACCUAAAAUUAGCAGACAUUUCAGCAAUGGUGAAUGUAAAAUUGGAAAUUUCUGCAAAGGAUAAGCCAAAAGGUUGAUGCUUUUUACAGCUACAUACAUUUUAACUCAGCCAUUUGAGGGCUAUUGGAGAUAGCACAAUUAUUAAUUGCAAUAUAAAACUGCUGCUGCUGGUCUGUCAGAUGUCAGGUUCAAUCAGAUACUCUGGGUCAGAUAUUCCCCAGCUUUUAAAGGAAUAUUCUGUGUUCAAUACAAGUUAAGCUCAAAAGCAUUUGUGGCAUAAUGUUGAUUACCACGAAAAUUAAUUUCGAUUCGUCCCUCCUUUUCUUUAAAAAAAGCAAAAACCAAGGUUACAGUGAGGCACUUAAAAUGGAAGUGGUUGGAGCCAAUUUUUGGAGUGUUUAAAGCCAGAAAUGUGAAGCUUAUAAUUUUAUAAAAGCACUUACAUUAAUUCUUCUGUUAAAACUCAUUUAUUAUUUGAGCUGUAAAGUUGUUGAAAUCAUAAUUUUUAGGUAUUAGAGUUUGUUGACAUUACAUUGUCAUAGCAACAAAGUUGUUCAAUUGGCUAUAACUUUACACAGAAAAGGUCAGAAAGUGAUUUUAUCACACUAAAAUCAUGUUAAUAUGCAUAUUGUUUAUUCCUUGUGACUAUACUUUUGAAACAGUGAGUAUUUUAAUGUUAAUGGAUUAGCCCCACUCACUUCCAUUGUAAGUGCCUCACUGUUACCCAGAUUUUUGCUUUUUAUAUUUACAUUUAUGCAUUUGGCAGAUGCUUUUAUCCAAAGUGACUCACAGUGCACUUAUUAUGGGGGUAGUAACCCCUGGAGCAACCUGAAGUUAAGUGCCUCACUUAAGGACACAAUGGUGGUUGCUGUGGGGAUUUAACCUGCAACCUUCUGCUUACCAGUUCUGGGCUUUUGCCCUCUACACCGCUGCCACAACCACUCCACCAUUAAAGAAAAGGAGAGGCAAUUCUAAAUUAAUUUCCGUGGUAAUCAAUAUUAUGCCACAAAUGCUGUCGAUAGAGCUUAACUUGUAUUGAACCCAGAAUAUUCCUUUAACUGGCACUGAAACUAAAGUUUUGCUAAAAAGAGAAAGAUCAGUAUUUUGUAAGGCUGACCUUUAAGUGUUUUUUUUUUUUUUUUUUUGUAAAUGAUUAGAAACAAGUAAAUGAGAGAGAAAGAGAAAGAAAAAGACAGACAGAGAGUAAGAACGUACUGUUUUACAGCCUAAUGUGUAUGAAGGAAGCUUGAAUGAUAUUCAAGUGAUACAGUAGUAGUAGUAAAGGUAUAAAUGAACAGAUACCAAACUCUCUCUGCAAAUGAUCAUUCACAUACAGUAUCUUCUAAAUGAUGCAUUAUUUUCGUAACUUAGUAGAACUGCAUACCCUUACCUUUUCAUUGAUGUCAACAAGACGGAAUUUUCAGCACCAGCCCUGAAUGCAUCAGAACAACUUUUUUAAUUAAAGCUCUAAAAUUGCACACUUAAUUAAAUUAAUUUAAUAGUAUUUGAUUGUUAUUUGAAUAACACAGGUAAGUUCAAGGGUAGAACUGAAGUGUGUUAUGGUAGUCUCCCGAACAAAUCUAUUGAGCAACAUAACACUAACAAAGCGACAAGUGUGAUAUAUUAGUUAUGAAUUCUAAAGACAACUAAACUAAUCUGUAACAUGCCAUUAAUAUAUACACAUACAUAUUACAGUACUUUAAUUGUUGAAUGAACUGUGAUUGUGUGAAACCUACUGUACCUCAAAUAACUGGUCAAUUUAAGGUAUGUAAUGACAUUUAUUUCUGUAUCAUUUAGAAAUGGUGCUGUAUAACAUUUGAACAGGUUGGUUAGUGUCUGUGUCUCUUGUGACUGGUUAUCUCCUCUUAGUUCUGUGCACAGCCAUUCUACACAGUAAAACUGAUCCUGGUACACACUGUGGACUCAGUAUCAUCUGUGUGUGAUUGCUGCCACUGAUUCUCUUAACCCUUGAACGCAUAUGUAAUUCCACCCCCUUUAAAGGCUUAUGUGGUUCAAAAAAGUCCCAGAGGAAAUCUAGAUGCUUAUUCUUUCUAAAACUACUUAUUUUUUCAAGGCAAAUUAAUUCUAAUGAUAAUUGCAUUAGUAAUUUAAAUAGGUAAUAUAUCUUUUUUCAGUACUAAAGAGUUUCAGACACAUUGAAAAUGGAGUAGGAGUUUUGGGUGACAGUGUAUAGAAGCUUGUAAACAGUAAUAUGGGCAGUUUGGUGGUAUAAUAUGUCUGAACAACUCUGCCCACAAAGACACAUUCAAAUAAAUACAAUGGACAUGAAUAAAAAAAUUUUUUUUUUUUUUUUUUUUUUACAACAAAAAUAAAAAUAAAUAAAUAAUAAACUUGUUAAAUGGCAACCUUAUGUACUCUGUAUUGCCGUAUGGCACUAUAUUUCUAUAUUACUCUAUGUAGUUAUAUUUGUUGUUCAUAGCGUUGAGGCACACUGAAAAAAGAAAAGUUGCAGGUUCAAACACAUUAAGAAGUGGACCAGGAGCUUUGACUGCUGUUCCCUUGCCAUGAACAGGGCAUUUAAUCUCAGGUUGCCUUAUUGGGACUGUCAAAGCAUUGGCUGAAUGACACUUUUCUAAACUUGCAUAAUGUAGAUAUGGUAUUUAACAAAUAUUUAAUAACAUGACAAAUGUAAACUGAAAACUAUCAAUGUAUUACAAAAAUAAUUCCAGUGUUAAAUGCAUUGAAUACCAUAGGAAGCACAAAUGGGUUAUAUAGGACCCACAUCUGCAUUCAAGGUUUAGUGAUACAAAUUAUAAUAUAAUAUAUAAAAUUAAAAACAUUAAAUAAAAAAAUUAAAAAGGAUGUUCACAUGAUAGAAGACACCUUAACUGAGGAAUACCUGGAGUGGCAGAUCAAAAGACCGCUUCAUGUACAAAUUAUGUCUUAAAAACUAGAUGCUGGGUCAUUUUUGACCCACAUAUGCGUUCUAGGGUUAAACAAAUAGAUAAAGAGGAAAGUUCAAAUAAAAACCUCAACCACUGAAAAUUUGAAGAAUCUAGCUCUUCAAUCUCAACUUAAAUAAGCACUCUGUGUCCUGAACAACAUAAACUGAUUUAACAUGUUUAAGCUA